AUGGUGGCUCCCUGGGAUGACCUGGGCUCCCUGCUGCGGCCUCGAACUAAAUCAAAAACUCUGCAGAGCUGGAAAGGCUCGACUCCCUCCUUAUUUUCUCUCCAUAGCCGACCGACUUUGCGCUCGACGGCUCUUACCGCUUCUAACGCGGUGGGCAUGGGGCUUCAGCGGGAACUCCCCUCAGACUCCUAUCUCAGAGCCGGGCGACGAUGCUUCCCGCCGAGAGCCCUGUGGUGGGGCCGGAGCGGGCGGCCGAGCCCCGAGACUGGGAGGAGCCGAGGCCGGCCCCAUGCAUCCGGCCUGGCGCCGAGAACCGCGGAAGCCCUCUGGCCCGGGGGAAGAAUGAGCGGCAGCGGCGGGGCUGGUUCCAUGAGCCCGGCAGGUCGGGGAGGGGCGCAGCGGGGUGCAAGCGGAGAGUCAGGGUUGCGGCCGGGCUCCAGCCGUGCGCGGGUAGGCCUCCUGGAUGAGGAGGGCUUUUUAGGGCUAGGUGUGAAGGAGGGCUUUGCUGCCGGAACGGUUUUCUCUAAUGCUGCCCGCAGAGGCUCAGGGGGCGAAAAUACGAAGGAUAUUCUCGUGAUAUAUGAACAUGAAGCAGAAGAGUGGGCUAUGUAUUUGAAAUCUCUUUUUGGACACAUAGUGAAAGAAGAAGGAAUCUUACUUUACAAUUGUAAGACUUCAUCUUUCAAGCACCAGAAGCUAUUCUCUUUACCCUGUUAUAAAUGUAAAGUCCUGAUACUGUCAUGUGGGCUUCUUAACUGCCUGAAUCGCAAGAGAAGUCAUUUUCUGGAGCAAAUUCUAAAACCUCCAGAUAAUGUGGUGAUUCUACUUUGUGGGGUAGAGAAUUCGGAGAUUCUUUAUGAGAUACUGACUUUGGAUGGAGGCAGCAAAGAAAUUUCCGCUGAUCAGGAACCUGAGGAAUAUCUCUCUGUUGUUACUGGAAUUAUUCAACCAGGUAAGCCACAGAAAGAAAAUCCUGGAUACCCUUUGUCUUAUGUCUACGAAGCAGUUCUUGCAGAUGAUCACCAGAUUAGCUCUGAUGUUAACUUGUCAGAUGUCAAGGGAGCAUUGAAAAAAACAGACAGUUUUAAAACAGAGAUACUUUCUGAAACAUUAGAAACUAAUAAGCAGUCAAUACUGGUGCUUCCAGGAAGAAUAUCAUGUGAGAACCCUGGUGAAAUAUUCAUUUUGUUGAAAGAUGAAAUAGACGAUGAAACUUUAGAAAUUGAAUUCAUAGCAGAUAAUCAACGAAUUAGGACAAAGCCAGCCUCUUGGAGUAAGAAGGUCAAGUACGUGAAAGCCUUGAAUUUUCCUGCUGGCCCUGUCUAUAUAAAUGUCUAUUGUGGAGGAGUCAUUAAGACCAUAGCACAGAUAGAGUACUAUACUGCCCUAGAAGAGAUUGAACACAUUUUUAAGAAAGUGGCUAAUCCAAUAGCUUUCACCUGUCAGACUUCUAAAUUUUCUUCUGUGGAGAAGAUGGACAAUAUUCUGACUUUGUUACUGAAAAGCAAACUAUCUACUUAUGAAUUCAGCCCAUUCCAAAUUGAAGAAUACCUUCAACAAGCUAGUAGUCAUUCGGAAGAAUUUCGUACUCUCCUUCACUGUGCAGCCAGAUUUGGAUUAAAGAAUCUUGCAGCAUUUCUACUUACUCGUUCUGAGGCCACGUGGGCUUGCAAAGUAACCAAUAAAUAUGGAGACGAUCCGGCAAGUAUCGCUGAGAAACAUGGGCAGAGGGAACUAAGAAAAUUAAUCCAAGACUUUUCUAUCAAUACAGCAGAUAAUUUCCCCAGUUGCAAGGAGGAAGCAGAAGACGAUGACACUUAUGUGCUUAUGUCAGGUUCAGAGACUCCACCAGCCAUGACAUUAAAAGCCAAGCAGAACCUAGGAGAUCAAUAUGGAAUUGGAUCGAGAUGCCAACAGGAAGCAGAGACGGAUGAAGAAAAGAAAGAUGAUGUGGAAGACAGCAGAGAGGAGACAAAACAUGAAGAUCAAGAAGAGGAAGAUUCAAACAGCUUUUACUACAGUCCUGACGAUUUGUAUGCCAGCAUACCCAAAGAUCUCAAAGAGAACAGAAGAGAUUGCUUUUUCUAUAAGAGGCCACCUUCUCCUCCCCCUCGAAAUCUGCCUGGCAGCCUAAGACAGGAUGAUCUGCACAAUGCAUCACAAGAGAGGAAUUUUGUAGAGGACCAAAGUGAAAGAGAACAUGGUGAUGGACUUUUAACAGCAUGCUACAGAGAAGACAAAGAAAUGCAUGAGGAAGAGGAUGAGGAGGAAUACCCAUAUGCUUUUGCAAAACUGGAUGACUCUGUGUAUGAUUUCAUACUGGCUGAGGUGGAGGAGGAGAGAAGGAAAGAAUUCAGAUCUUUUAUCGCAAACAGGCCACCAGCCCCUGCCCCUCGUCCCAUAUGUUCACCGGUCAGAGAGGUCGGCACUCCCUAUAUAGUACAAGUGUUUCAGCAGAAGGCCACUCGAGCGCCCAGUGACAAUGACAGGACGUACUGCAAUGCCAGGAAACCUGCAGCACACAGAGGCCACACUGACACAAGGACUGAUAGCGCUGUGAAACACAGUAUCCCUGCUGAACAGGAAGAACUCAUCCACUUGCAAGAGCAGGUGAAAAAAGGGACAAUUUCUGUGGAUGAGGUCUUUGACAGAUUUAAACAGCGGCAGAAUGAAAAACAGAGACUACAGUCCACUCAACAGGAAAAAGUGCACCACCUUAGAGAUACCACUGUUGGAAACAGACUAGAAAAGGAACAUGUGAACGUCCCUAAGGAAAGCAGACCGGAGAGCAUUUCUUUUCGAGACUUUUUGUUCCACAUGCCAUUUAAUAAAGUGUCUCCAACUAGGAACCUAACAGACAAGGAACAGAUGCCUAAUUAGCAGAGUGCAGUUCCUCAGCUCCCUCUGCUUAGCCUCUCGCAGUCCCUAAGCUGCACGUCUGUGACAUGGCCCCUGCGCCCAUUGCUGCACUUGGCAUCUCUCAGAACAAGUCCAGGAUCGCUAAAGCAGAUUAAUAAGGCUUCUUAUAAAGUCUGAAGUUUACAGUUUUUUUCUUUGCUAGUCUUUUUUUUUUUC